GGAGCUGCUCACAGGCCUAGGGCGCGUGCGCCGAAGUCUCGACUGACGCUCCGCCGCCGCGGAGGCGACUCGGCUUUCGUCUGGGCAGCCGCGUGGUCCUGGAUAGUUUGUAGAGGAUGCCCUAUGAGGACAUCCCCACCUCACCUCAGCCUCAGGAGCAAGACUGUUCACCAAGUCAGCAUGCCGGUGCUAGCGAAGACUUGCCGGUUGGGCAGGAGAGUGGUGGGGACUCAGAGGCUGGGGCGUGCCUCUCUCCUUCCCUCGAGGAGUAUGGGCCAGCCACAUCUGCUGAAGCCUGUGUGUUGGCCGCCACGAGGCGGGGCCCAGGCCUGCUACACAUCGAUCGGCAUCAGAUCCCCGCAGUGGAGCGCAGUGCUCAGGCCCCGGAGCUGCAGGGCCUGGGUGUGGACGUCUAUGACCAGGCUGUCCUGGAGCAAGGCGUGCUUCAGCAGGUGGACAGUGCCAUGCUCGAGGCCAGCCGUGCCGCCCAGUCUGCUGACGCGGAGAAGGAGUAUCAGUCAGUCCUGGAUGACCUCGUGUCAUGUACAACAUCCCUGAAGCAAAUCAAUAAAAUUAUAGAGCAACUUGGCCCUCAAGCUGCCACUAACAGAGAUGUCAACAGGAAACUAGAUUCUGUAAAACGACAGAAGUAUAACAAGGAACAACAACUAAAGAAGAUAACUGCAAAACAGAAACGUCUCCAGGCCAUCCUCGGAGGGGCCGGGGUCCAAGUAGAACGGAAUCAUGCCAGCCUGGAGGAGGAAGACGCAGAGCCGGGGCCAUCAUGCCUUGGCAGUAUGCUCAUGCCUGCCCAGGAGGCCGCCUGGGAAGAGCUUAUCCGCACUGGCCAGAUGACACCGUUUGGUACCCCGGCUCCGCAGAAACAGGAGAAAAAGCCUAGAAAAAUAAUGCUCAAUGAAGUAUCAGGCUUUGAAAAAUACUUGGCUGACCAAGCACAACUGUCUUUUGAAAGGAAGAAACGAGCUGCUCACAAAAGAGCAGCUAAGAAAGCUGUGGGACCAAAUGAGAUCAAACCAGGCCAGACUGGCCGAGGCCUCUCCCAAGCAGAUGAGCGCUUGAAGAAGCGUAUCAGGAAGCUCCAGAAGAGGGCGCUGCAGUUCCAGGGGAAAACGGGACUGUCCCGGGGGAGGAAACCUCUGGAGCCCGAGGUGAGGCCCGAGGCAGAGGGAGAUACAGAAGGGGAGGCGUCUGGGGAGGAGGAGGAGGAGGAAGAGCAAGAGGAGGAAGAGGAGGAGGAAGGGGUGGCCAACCUGUCUUCCGAUGACGUCAGCUAUGAACUGAGGCCUCUGCGGAAGGGCCGGAAACACCAGAAGAAAGUCCCAGCGCAGGCGGUUGAUGAUGACUUUUUCCCAAGUUCUGGGGAAGAAGAUGAAGCUGUGGAAGGAAGAGGAGGUCGCAGGGUGGCGAGAUGCCCAGAUGACGGCAAUGAAGAGUACUAUAAGCAGCGGCUAAGGAGGUGGAAUAAACUGAGGCUGCAGGACAAAGAGAAACGCCUGAAGCUUGAAGAUGAUUCUGAGGAAAGCGAUGCCGAGUUUGAUGAAGGAUUCAAAGUGCCGGGUUUCCUGUUCAAAAAGCUCUUUAAGUAUCAGCAGACAGGUGUUAGGUGGCUGUGGGAAUUGCACUGCCAGCAGGCAGGAGGAAUUCUGGGAGACGAAAUGGGAUUGGGCAAGACCAUCCAGAUAAUUGCCUUCUUGGCAGGUCUGAGCUACAGCAAGAUCAGGACUCGCGGUUCAAAUUACAGGUUCGAGGGGCUGGGCCCCACUAUAAUUGUCUGCCCAACGACAGUGAUGCAUCAGUGGGUAAAAGAAUUCCACACGUGGUGGCCUCCAUUCAGAGUGGCAAUUCUGCAUGAAACAGGUUCCUAUGCCCACAAAAAGGAGAGGUUGAUCAGAGAUAUUGUUCACUGUCAUGGAGUUUUGAUAACUUCUUAUUCCUACAUCCGACUGAUGCAAGAUGACAUUAGCAGACAUGACUGGCACUAUGUGAUCUUAGAUGAAGGACACAAAAUCCGAAAUCCAAAUGCUGCAGUCACCCUUGCUUGCAAACAGUUCCGCACACCUCACCGGAUCAUCUUGUCUGGCUCACCGAUGCAGAAUAACCUCCGAGAGCUGUGGUCACUCUUCGACUUCAUCUUCCCAGGAAAGCUAGGCACAUUGCCUGUGUUUAUGGAGCAGUUCUCUGUCCCCAUCACUAUGGGAGGCUAUUCCAAUGCUUCCCCAGUGCAGGUUAAAACUGCCUAUAAGUGUGCAUGUGUCUUAAGAGACACCAUUAACCCAUACCUGCUGCGGAGAAUGAAGUCAGAUGUCAAGAUGAGCCUUUCUCUGCCAGAUAAAAACGAACAGGUCUUAUUUUGUCGUCUAACUGAUGAGCAGCAUAAAGUCUACCAGAAUUUCAUUGAUUCCAAAGAAGUUUACAGGAUUCUCAAUGGAGACAACCAGAUUUUCUCUGGACUUGUAGCUUUGAGGAAGAUCUGCAACCACCCUGAUCUCUUUUCUGGUGGUCCCAAGAAUCUCAGUGGUCUUCCAGAAGAUGAGCUAGAAGAAGACCAGUUUGGUUACUGGAAACGUUCUGGGAAGAUGAUCGUGGUUGAGUCUUUGCUGAAGAUAUGGCAUAAGCAGGGCCAGCGAGUGCUGCUCUUCUCCCAGUCGAGGCAGAUGCUGCACAUACUAGAAGUGUUCCUGAGAGCCCACAAGUAUUCCUACCUCAAAAUGGAUGGGACCACUACCAUAGCGUCAAGACAGCCACUGAUUACAAAAUACAAUGAGGACACAUCCAUCUUCGUCUUUCUUCUGACCACACGGGUGGGUGGCAUAGGAGUGAACCUGACCGGGGCCAACAGAGUCAUCAUCUACGACCCUGACUGGAACCCGAGCACUGACACACAGGCCCGGGAACGAGCAUGGAGGAUAGGUCAGAAGAAGCAGGUAACUGUCUACAGGCUCCUGACGGCUGGCACCAUUGAGGAAAAGAUCUACCACCGCCAAAUCUUCAAGCAAUUUUUAACAAACAGAGUGCUGAAAGACCCAAAACAAAGGCGCUUCUUCAAAUCCAAUGACCUUUAUGAGCUGUUCACCCUGAGUAGUCCUGACGCAUCCCAGAGCACUGAAACGAGUGCCAUUUUUGCAGGAACUGGCUCCGAUGUUCAGACACACAAAUGCCAUUUAAAAAAAAAGACUCCACCAGCCCUCGGAAUAGAUCCCAAAUGCAAGAAACUCCCCUUUUCUGGCACAUCUGCAAAUGGUGCCAUCCUGACUGAAGAAUCUAAGGCGACAGGGCCUUCAGGAAGUGCAGCUUCUAGAGAAGGUGGCCCUUUGAAGGGUGACUGUCACCCGAGUAGCAGCAGAGCUGACAGUGCCGCAUUUGGAGAAGAGAGGGGUGCAGAGCCCGAGCUGGAGGAGGUGUCAGAGAUGAGUGGAGAUGGGCAGUGUGCAGACUCUGCAGCAGUCGAGCAAACAUCCGGACCAUCUGGUGAGGCAGGCACCAGUGAGAAGCGGGGUCCUUCCUACAAAGGGGAGUGCUGCCAGGUGCAGACAGAACCUGUGUGCCUGAGUGAGCAAACAGAAGGCCAUUUCUGUAAGCACAAAUCAAAAAGGAAACACGAUGUAGCAAAGGAAGAAACGCCAGAGAAACGCCCUCAGCCCAAACAAAAGGCCAAGACCUCCAAGCAUUGCAGAGAUGCCAAGUUUGAGGGAACUCGAGUUCCAUACCUGGUGAAGAAAAGGCGAUACCGCCAGGAAAGCUCUGAGCAGGAGAAUAAGGCCAAGGAACAAAGCAGUGACGACUAUGUUCUGGAAAAGCUUUUCAAAAAAUCAGUGGGAGUGCACAGUGUUGUGAAACAUGACGCCAUCAUGGAUGGGACCAACCCGGAUUAUGUGCUGGUGGAGGCCGAAGCCACCCGAGUGGCUCAGGAUGCCUUGAAAGCUCUCAAGUUUUCUCGUCAGCAGUGCCUGGGGGCAGCAUCUGGUGUUCCCACCUGGACUGGCCACAGGGGUGUUUCUGGUGCACCAGCAGGAAUAAAGAAUAGGUUCGGUAAGAAGAGGAACUCCAGCCUCCCCGUGCAUCGUCCUUCAUCACUCACAGAAAAGCAUCAGGACCACGUGAAACAGGAGGGGAGAGUCCCCGCUCCCCAGCACUUCAGUGGCAAAGAAGAUGGAGCAGCGCCCUUGUCUGGGGCCCCCAGUUCCUCCUCACUCUUGGCCAGAAUGCGAGCGAGAAACCACCUCAUCCUGCCGGAGCGCUUGGAGAGUGACAGCGGGCACCUUGCGGAGGCUGCUGCCCUGCCUCCCUCUGGCACGGAACACGACGACCUUCUGGUGGAGAUGAGGAACUUCAUUGCUUUCCAGGCCCAGGUGGACGGGCAGGCCAGCACUCAGGAGAUCCUCCAGGAGUUUGAAUCCAAGCUGUCUGUGGCACAGUCCUGUGUCUUCCGAGAACUACUGAGAAAUCUGUGCAAUUUUCAUAGAACUCCUGGUGGUGAAGGGAUUUGGAAACUGAAGCCAGAGUACUGCUGAAGAGUGAUGCUUCCUGGACUUUUUCAAAUGGGAAUCUUGACUCACCAAUCCUGUGAUGAGUGAGUGAGUGAGUGUGUGUGUGUGUGUGUGAGUGUGUGUGUAUGUGUGAGUGUGUGUGAGUGUGUGUGUAUGUGUGUGUGUGUGAGAGUGUGUAUGUGUGUGUGUGUGGGCAUGGCUGCAGUUGAUAUUUACUGUGUCAUCUACCUCAAGACUAAAACUUGAAGAAGAAAAUACUUGGAGAAUUUUUUGUUUUGGUUUUUAUUUUGAUGGCACUAUAAAUUAUGUCAUAAAACAGGGACCUAGCAGUUGCUUAUUGGAGCAAAUAUAUUUCCUAACCCAAAAGAUGCUGUCAGGGAGCACAUACUACUUAAGAAUAGAAGCCUCGGGUUUUACAGGUGCUGGGAACAUGUCUUCUGUUUAUCCCACCCCCCGCCCGUAAGUCAGCUCAUCAGCGACUGGUCACCUCAGUACCUUGCUGAUUCAGAACUGUCAUGUUUCUGUCCUACUGGCCACAUCAGAAAGAGAUUUGCUAUCUGUCAAAUCAACCACCUGUAAGUAAUUCUUAGCAGCACUUGGUUUUUGUUGUUCGUUUGUUUUAAAUGGUGCUGGAGACUGGUGUCUUGUGUAUGCUAAGCCCGUGCUUUACCAGCAGUUUCCACGCCGGUUCUACACACACACACACACACACACACACACACACACACACACACCUCCAAGAAGGAAAGAAGGGUCUUUUUUUCUGUCCUGUGUCAUUAUGUAAAAAUUGUAGAAGAGGUUUGUUUAAAUGGGUCAAUAAGUGAAGGAAGUCCCAACACUGUUUGUUUGGGGGGGGGCUUUGUUUAUUUUUCUCUGGCCGUUAUCCUGCAGGGAAGCGACGAUGCCCUUGCUCUUGGGCUGAAGUGCUAACCUGACUUGUCAGUGUGGAGCAUUACUGCAUUGUGCCCGUAAUGUCUGAGCCUGAGAAGGUGUAGACGUCCCUUUAGUUAACUGUGGCUAAGUCCACGUCCCGGCUCUGCCACUGCCCUGCCCAUGCUUACAGAGCACUGUCUCUGGGCAGUGCUCUGUAAGCAUGGCCAUCCAGCCAACCUGGGAGACGCUUAGAGACCACCUCUAAGUUAGAAUAGUCUUUAAUAAUACACAGCACCUUCAUAAAUUGAGCCGCAACCUGAGCUUCUGAACAUUAAAUACUUUGUGCAGUGUAAAUAGAUUAAAUGUACUAAAUACGUAUAAUUAUAAAUAAAGGAUUUUUAAAGAUA